GGAACAUCUUUUGAUAUUUCUUGAUUUUUCUUGACUCGUGUCCUCUUGUCACUCACAAACUCAGUUCAUAUUUUGUGCUAUGAAUUUCGUAAAUGACUCGUCAUGAGUAUUUUCUUGUGUCAGAUGACAAGGUAGAUCUAUGUUUUAGUGUUGCCAUUGCACAUAUCUUCAGAUAGCUAUGCAACAAAUAAAGUUCAUUCUUUAUUUACUUAAUGUCCCUUUUUUUUUUUUUUAUUCAUUAAACUUAACUUUGUAAUGUCUUGUGUGCAUGAGGGACAUGAGAGUAAUUGAGUAGAAAUGGAAAUGUAGUGACAGGGUAUUGACUAUUUCAAAAGAUAAAAGCAGCAGCCAUUUUGAACAUUGAAUGUUUUAAUGUGCUUAUGGUCUCUCGCAUAAGAUGUUCUGGACGCUUAUGAAGCUAUAAAUACUUUCAGGAAAAGUGUUUAUCUCCAGAGACAUCAUUGGUGGAGCGGUCAUCAGCCACCAAGAGGCCGGCGGCUGAGGGGGAUGGGGGGGAGGAGCCAAAGAAAAAGAUUAGUUUUGGCCUCGGCAAACCCCUAGACAAAGGCACUGUGGGAAUGCCUCCAACCGCAAAGAAACCCCUUGGUGGCAUUUCAAUCAAGCUUGGUCAGUCGCAGCAGAAAAGUGCCACCCCGACUGGAGCAUCUGCAUUGAAGCCAAAGGUUGGAGCAGCAGCGUCUGUUUUCGGCUCAGAAGACGAUGAUGAUAUUGAGGAAGAGAUGCCUCCAGAGGCAAAAAUGAGAAUGAAGAAUAUAGGAAGAGACACACCAACAUCUGCAGGGCCAAACAGCUUUGGCAAGACGAGGAUGGGUUUCUGCGAUUCCAAAAAGAUUUAUGAGAAACAGUUAAGAGAUGUCCAGGAUAAAGCGAACAAGUUAGAAUAAUCGCAAGAGUCGUUAGGGUUAUAGAAAAUGUCCAAAAAAUGUUAUUGCGGGUAAUCUAGAAUCCACAUAGUAGGAAGUGUUUGGAUGCAUUUUGUUGAUUUUUGAGGUGGAAGAUGGUUCUUGAGUAUGGAUUUGCAACAGUGCAUGAAGAGGCUCUCUGUCAAGACCAAUGAUGUGUUCUGUUAUAAUGUUUGAUCAGAUGUAAGAGUCUAGACAGUAAAAGUCUUUGCUCAUAUAGGUAACCUUAAGGCAUACAUAAUAGGGAUUUGGAAGUUAGUGGAAUGUGGUAUGAUCUGGUGCAACUGACAUAGCAGCACAGUCAACCUAAUUUAUAAAAAAAAGGCUUGCACAGACAACUUUAGUGGUCAGAUUUGUUGUCAGUUUAUGAAAUAAAAGCACAUAACAACCACUGCUGGGUCAUUUCAUCACAAAUGACUGUAAUUAUAUGAUGGAAAAUGUACAUUUAAUCUGUUUGGGGCUAUUCACUGUUUAUUAGUGUGUGUGUGGCACUGAUGAAAUACUUGGUAUGAGUACUGAAGCUUCCUGCCAUCCUGUACACUUUUCUUGCUUAUACAUGCCAUGUACAUUUAGCAUUAUAGUCUCAGCUAUUUAGGAAGAAGUGAACUGAAAUUUAUGGGAUUUCUAUUUAUUUUAUAUGAAAUGAAUAUCGGUAUGGAGGAUGAUCAUAGUAAUAUUGACCCAGUGCCCCUGUUCAUGUUCAUUCUAAUUUUAGUUUAAUGCUUGGCUCCACAGGUGCUUAGUCCUACCUAUCUCACCAGUUUACCCUAUUAUUUGAUUUUUGCAAAGAUAUUUUUUUUAUUUUGGUAUUUUUAUUCUUAUUAGUUUUUCAUUAAGCUUUUCAUAACAUGAAAAUCCUAAUAUCAAUAACAAUAACACCAAUUUUCAUAGCAUUAAAAAAAAAAAAAAAACAUUUUCUUGCAAAUUCAAGGCAUGGGGGAACUAGGCACAGUCACUAGAGCCUAUUAAUUAUCUCCACGGUGGCUGAGCAGUUGUGGAGCCGUCUGUGUACAACAAAUUAAUAAAAAAUCACUACAGUACGUAAACCAAAGGCCAGAGGGUUAACAGUGUGAAUGAUCUUGAUAAAGACUGAUAAACACGACAACAGCAUUUGAAUGAUGAUCUAAUAAUUAUGAAAGUAUAAGAAAAUAGUUAUAGUUACUGUAACUGCAUUUUGAUUGUGUAAUAUUAAAGAAAAAAAAAUGAGAUUUAUUUUUCUGUUAUUACCACUCACGCAAAAAUAUGUUCAUUUGUAUCAUUCAGCUUUUAGGAAUUGGUCUUUCUUGUGAUUUCAAAGACUAGUAUUUGUGUGUAAUAAUAUAUCUAUAUCUGCCUAUAUAUCUACACACACACACACACACACACACACACACACACACACACACACACACACACACACACACACACACACA